AUGCAGAGCGCAUCACUUCUUCUUUCCCUGCCUGCUGAAAUCUUCGACGAGGUCAUCCAGCAUACGCAUCUUGCGCUGGGCUCAGAGCCCACUGAGCAGAAGUUUGUGGAGCUGCGACUUGUAUGCCGUGCAUUUGAUGAAGUGGUCUCUCGCGAGGUCUUCCCUCGGGACAGGAAGAACCAGUUCAUGAGGCGCAACAACAUCAACGCCGAGACCGCAAAAUGGCUUCUCCUAACCAAGACAAAAAUUCACAGCCGCGAUACGCGUGGGACGUUGGCCUUCCUACAUGAAUGCGCAACCUUUGCGAUGAAUCAUCAAUCAGAGUGGUCCAGACACGCGAAGCAUACGUACUUUGACUACCUCGCCGCCGCGUGCCACAUCAUCGUCGCCAACCACGGCGUGCACGCUGUUCUGAAGCAGGUUGUCUUCGUGGCAAAGCGAGGCAAGAACCCCCUUGCAAAGUCCAUCCGCAUGCUGCGGGCGCGCAAGAGCACGCUGAGACCGUCCAUGACGCCCGUCGACAUCCAUGGCGUGAUGCAGAUGGCCGCCGUCUUGGGUGAUUCUUCGGCCAUUGAGGCCAUGGUCGCCCGCGGCGUGGACAUGGACUUCAACCAUCCCGUCUUUGGCUGCGCUCUCUUUGCCGCCGCCUCUAACGGAUGUCUGAAGACUGUCAGCCAGCUGAUCGGUCUAGGGGCAGAUCCCAACGUCCGGGGCCAUCUCCUGGCUACGCCGAUGUCGCUCAGCCCGGAGAGGAACAACACGGCUCUGCUGGUCGCGGCUGAGCGGAACUACAAGCAAGUCGCAAACCUGCUGGCGGGGGAGCCUCGCGUGUGCAUCAAUGAGACCGGCGGAGAGUCUCGGAAGAACGCACUGGUGUGGGCGGCGGAACGCGGAUGGGUAGACACCGUGCAGAUCAUCCUGGCCAGAGGCGAUGCCGAUGUCGACUCCCGCAUCGGCCGGGGAGAAUUCCCCAUCACGGUGGCGGUCAUGCACGACCACCCGGAGGUGCUGGCCCUACUACUGAAGGCCAGCAAGACAAAACUCACUGAGAAGCGAUACAAUGGCCAGUGUCCUAUGGCCCUCGCCUUGGUGAGGGGGUCGUCGAGGAUGGUCCGACUCAUGCUGGAGAUUGGGGAGAUUGACCCGAAUGAGGAGCUCCCCUACGGAGCACCGCGAGUCAAAUGCCCACACCCGAUGCCUUCAAGAGGAAGCGCAGAUGGAACACCGCUGGUCAUCGCGGUGAAGAACGGCCAUGCCAACUUGGUGGAAACUCUUCUGAAUUACCCGGGCGUAGACCCAAACCUGGUCAGCGGCUCCAUCACGCCCCUGGAUCUGGCCAUCGCCGAGGAUAGGGCAGAGGUCGUCAAGGUCUUCCUUCGGCACCAAGAUAAGCUCGAGCGGAGUCUCUGCGCAUUGAGGAAGCCUCUCCUCCAUGUCGCGGCGCACAAAGGAGCAGCCUCGGUCAUCAAAAUGCUCAUCAAUUGCUACGGCGCAGACCCUAACACAUACGAUGACCAAAAACAGACGAUUCUAUGCUCGGCAAUCAGCAACUACCAGUGGAAAGUCGUAGAGUACCUCGUACAAUGCCCCGCCGUCGACGUCAACCUGGCUGGACACUCCGGGCUGGGUGACAACGUAGGGCCCAACAUCCCGCUGCAGAUGGCAGCCCACCAGCAAAACUACAUCGCGCUCGGCUACCUCAUGAAGAGGGACGACCUGGACCUGAACUGGAGCGGCGUCUGGGGCACGGCGCUGUCCAUCGCCGUCGAGACAUCGAACCAGUGGGCGAUGAAGACCCUCCUCUACGACAGCGGCGUCGACGUGAACCGGACCUCCGAGAUCUCCCCCGGACCCAUCUACGUCCACCGCAAGAUGCCAGCAGGGAGCUACUCGAGCUGGGGCUUCUUCGCAGAAGAAGGCCAGAGCGGGGGGGACUCACCACUACUACGGGCGGUAAAGUGCGACAAGCUGGAGGCAGUCCAGGCCCUCCUCGAGAACCACAACGUCGACCCCAACGUGGCCGACUCGUGCAGCAGGACCCCCCUCUGGUGGGCGUCCCGCGGCGGCGGGCUCAGGAUGGUCCGGUACAUCCUGUCGGCGCGGAUCAAGCCCGACAUCAACGCGCAGGACAUGGAGGGCUGGACGCCCCUCCUGUGCGCGGCCAACAAUAACAAGGACACGACGACGCGGAUGCUCCUCGACCUGCCCGGGAUCGACCCCAACGCGGCCAACAAGUACGGCUGGACGGCGCUGCACAUCUGCGCCAACUACGGCAACAUGAGGAUCCUGGAGCAGCUCAUCUCGCAUCCGAGGAUCGACGUGUGGGCGAGGACGAGGGACGGGGAGACGGCUCUCGACGUCGCCAAGGAUUGCGCGGGGGACGCGGAGGCUUUGUACCAGCUGGAGCGGUUAUCUAGGAUGAUGGCGAGUCGGCCAGAUUCGCGGGGGGGAUAUUACGAGGCUGCAAGCAACCACUUAUGA